AUGACCAACGGCUUUAAAACGCUGCCAUCGUCGGUGCAGCUGGAAAAGCCGGUCAAAGCAAUUUUGCGAAGCGUGUCGAAAGCGCCUCGUCUCAGGGAGAUUGGCUGUGAGGUUGCUGUGGCUGAUGUACUCGAUUAUAAAGCGCUUGCUCAGACAAUUGGAGAUGCAGCUGCCGUCCAAAUGCGCCAAGGAAUUGAGAGCAUCGCAAGGGCCCUCGAGCAGACGCGGCCGACGUCAUGCUCCACCUUGUGCCGUAUAUUCGAGGAGCGGCUCAGCAAACUCCAAGCUCACAAGGUGCUUCUACGAUCGGCUGAGCACAUACAAGGAUGGAGUCGUGCUAUUUCUAAAGCUCUAAAGUUGGGCAGACUUGCAAGCUUUCAAGAUCCUCUGGACAUGCCUUUUUCGACGGUUUUCGCCCCUGGUGUUGGCGUGGUCGCCGCUGACAUCUUCCUGCGACCAGCCAGCGGGGUGGAUGUGAAAAAUGUCCACGUUGAGAGGGAGCGUCGAUACAGCGCCAGCGAUGGGGCGAAGGCCCUGGGGGAAAUAUUGCGCCUAAUAAUCACGGCGCAGGCGGUGCUGCGCUCACAAUGGAAGACAGCUUUCGAGAGCCUUAUGAGCGCAAGCCUCGCUGAACUUCUCAUCAAGGCUGAUGACGCCCAAAACAAAGGCGGCUUGGUUGACGUCGAGCCAAAUGCAAAUGAAGUUCGCUAUGGGACGACGGAAUUACCUCAGGCACUGCGUCCGCUGAUUCAGCCUCAGUAA